UCACCAUAACAAUACGUGUAUAAGUGCCACUUAUUAUUCCUUCUGUAACCUGCAUUGAAUUUCGCAUUACAAUUUUAAUGUUCUCGGAUGUAUAAAAGUCCGUAGUUCGGUGGCGAGAGCCAUCAGUAUCGCAAGAUGGGUCGGAAGCUUCUGGUUGUCUUGUUACUGGUCCUCGCCGAUGUGGUCGUCGGUUGCCUUAUCACCAAUUGUCCAAGGGGCGGAAAGAGGAGCGGCAAGUUCGAGCUAAUGGAACCCAACAUCAAAUCCUGCGUUUCCUGCGGUCCAGGACACACAGGCCAGUGUUUCGGACCAAGCAUAUGUUGCGGCCCCUUCGGUUGUCUAAUGGGUACGUCCGAAACUAUCCGGUGCCAAAGGGAAGGAUUCUUUCAAGAGCGAGAACCGUGCAUUGCCGGUAGCUCGUUUUGUCGCAAAAAUACUGGAAGAUGUGCCAUUGAUGGGAUUUGUUGCAAUCAAGAAAGUUGCCACGUAGACAAACAUUGUUCAUUGGACGAAAAAAAGUCGUCGGAAAAUUUAAUGGGAAUGGAACUGUACAACCUAAUGAACUAUCCAUUGGACAUCGUCAACGAAAACUGAAAGACUAAAACGAACUGACACUAAAUCAACCACGUAUAAUGUUUAAUCUAAU